GAUCUCACACUGGACCUAAACACAGUAAACACAAAACUCUCUCUGUCUGAGGGGAACAGAAAGGUGACAGGUGUGAGAGAGAAUCAGUCGUAUCCUGAUCAUCCAGAGAGAUUUGAUUACUGGUGUCAGGUCAUGUGUAGAGAGAGUCUGACUGGACGCUGUUACUGGGAGACUGAGUGGAGUGGAGAUGCUGUUAUAUCAGUGACAUAUAAAGGAAUCAGGAGGAAAGGAUGGAAGGAUGACUGUUGGUUUGGAUUCAAUGAAAAGUCCUGGAGUCUGAUCUGCUCUGAUAACAGCAACAGUUACACUGCUCGUCACAAAAAACAGAGAACUAUCAUACUUGCCCCUGCCUCACACACACACAGAGUAGGAGUGUAUCUGGACUGGUCAUCUGGAACUGUGUCCUUCUACAGCGUCUCCUCUGACACACACACACUCACACACUUACACACAUUCCACUGCACAUUCACUGAAUCCCUCUAUGCUGGGUUUACUGUUUAUUAUAACUCCUCGGUGUCUCUGUGUCAGAUAAAAUAA